AUGGAAAAUUGGAUUGAAGAAAAGGAGAGAAUUUUGUUAACAUUCAAUCCUGUAAUAUAUCCUUCGAUGGAGUUUUUGAAAUCUUUACCAAUACCAUGUCCUAUUACUGUUACGGAAGAAAUUAUUCAUGCUAUAUCACAACUCUCUAUACAAGCUUAUCGUUUUAAAACAUUUGAACAUGAACUAAUAAGUCAUGCAAAUUUAAGAUUAAGUGAAAUUGGAAUGCUUAAUGAAGGAUUAUCGGAAAAUUUAAAGAAGCUUGACAAAGAAAAGGAUUUUAGUAUUCUUCAAUUUAUUCAGUCUACUAUAAAACUUAAUUUAUCAGUCGAGGAUUAUGUAAAUGACGAUGAAGAUGAUGUUGAUGAUGAUGAUAAUGAAGAGGCACAGGAGGAAGAGGAUAGUAGUGAAUCCAGAGAUAAACCAUAUGAAAUCAGUGUGGAUAAAGAAAGUAGUCAAGAAUUUGUUGAAACUAACCAUGAAAAUAAAAUGUUUCACCUCCGUACAUCGAAAAACUUUAGUGAUGAACAAACUGACGACAACAAUGUUGACGAACCAAAAUAUUCAAAAUUAUUAGAUUAUAUUAACAAGAAAUGGCAACGUUUGAAGCUUUUACUCAAUGCGCGUCAUGAACGGUUUGAAUUGGCUGCAUAUUUAUCAAAAUACCAUACUUUAUGUCAAAGUACAAAAGAAUGGAUAAUACGUAAAAGAGAAUUACUCAUCUCAACUGAUGAUUUAGGCACAGAUUUAAAUAGUGUUAUGCAAUUACAAAGAAGAUUACUAGGUUGGGAAAAAGAUUUUAUUGCAUUACAAGGUGAAAUCCAAAGUCUUAAUUUAGAAGGUGAAAGAUUAUUGAAAGCCUUAAUAGAGGAAGCUCCACAAAGAAGAGAUUUAUACCUUAUCUCCGGAGAAUUGUAUGCUUCAAAAGAAGUCAAUCAUUUAAGAUUAGAGUUGAAUCAGGAAUGGGAACUUUUAAAAGUAGAAUUAAAAAGUCGUCAAGACAAAUUAUUAGCUUCAGCUGAACUGCAACAAUUUUUUCAGAGUUUAGAUGAAAAUCAGUUAUGGUUACGUAAUAUUGAAAUUCGUGUAGCAACACAUCAAUUGCCACUGUCUGUAGAAGAAGCCAAAGCUGAAAUUGAUAUGCAUAAAGAAUUAGGUGAACAGAUUUUAGCUCGUAAAGAUGAAUAUAGUGAUUUAAUAAGUUACGGACGAUGUAUUACAGCUGGUGAAACAGAUGCACAUUACAUACAACUUGAUCAACGUUUAGAUAGAUUAGAAAACGGUUGGUCAGAAUUAAUGCAAAUGUGGACAUAUGAACAAAAACUUUUACAACAGAAUUUAAACUUUCAGAUGUUUUUACGUGAUGCACAUUUAUUUGAAACUCUAUUGUCAACACAAGAAAGUAAACUAAUAAAUUAUCAACUCAUAAAACAAAAGAAUACAAACGAUAUUGUUGCUUCGUUGAAAUCUCAAAAUGAAAUUGUUCAAUGUUUAAUAAAUGCUGAUGAAUCAUUGAAUCAUUUAUGUGAUACCGGGAAUCAACUCAUUAUAGAUAAAGUAUAUUCAAUGGAGAAAAUACAAAAUAGAAUUUUUUUUAUAAAAAACAGAUAUAUCACACUACUUGAUGAAGCUCGUACACUAGUGGAUUCAACUAAAGAUUUAAUAGCACUUCGAGAGAAUAUGCAACAAAUUCAAACGCUUCAAGAAUGGCUUAUAGAAAAGAAAGAACUUGCUGAAGAAUGCGAUCAGGCAGGUAAACUAUCAAAUAUGGGUUCACUGGUACCAUACAAAGUAUUCGUCAGUAAACAAUAUACACAACAUCGCGUACUUGAAAGUGAAAUUGAAUCUAAUAAUGAUCGUAUUGAAAAGGUUUUCCAAAAUGUAGUCAAUACCAUUGUACAAUAUCCACGUAUUGCAGAUCAAUUGAGUGAAUCACUUGGUAAUUUAAUGAUACUAUGGGAGAGUCUACGUAAAUUGAUACGGGAAAGAGGUGAUUAUAUGGUUCAGUUACACAGGGCGAUUAUAUUUGAAGAUGGACACAACGAAUUAAAUCGUUGGUUAGAUAAAUUUUUUAUAGAAUUUUUAUCUUUUAAAUCAUUUGAUCAAUUAAAACAAUUCGAAGAACAUGCUGAACAAGAUCCAUCAAUAAUGGUGGAAAGUUUCAUUGAACAAUUCACAUCAGAAUAUAAUCAGAAUAUGAAAAUGAUUGAAGGAACAACAGAAUCAUCAAGUAACAUUAUGGAAUAUCUUAUAGAAAAUAAGUUUAUGAAUCAAAAUUGGACCAAUAAAGCUAAUAUACCAGGUUGUACUAGUAUGAAUGAGGUAUCUUCUUAUUUGAACAAAAUGAUCGAAUGUUUAAUCAAUAUUGAUGUAAAGAAAAAACUUCUAGUGGAACUUCAUGAACAUUCCAAGAUCCUAUCAAAUCUUGAUAACCAAAAUCAGAAUACUGAAGUAAAGUUAAAAAUGCAGAGUUUAAUCAAGAAAUUUUGGAAAAUUCAAAUAUUUGUUUAUGAACAUACUAAAGAACUGAAAGCACAAAAACACAUUUAUCAACUUUAUAGAGAUUUAGAAAAUGAAAGGAUUUGGACUCAUGAAAAACUUCUUUUAGCCGAUAACACUUAUAUUGGUCGUUCCUUAUUUGCUGUAAAUCAGCUAAUCAGGCAACAUCAAUUACUCAUAAAAGAAGUAGCUAAUAGGACAAAUAGAAUGGAAAUCACGAUACAAGAUGCAGAUAAUAUUAUAACGAAAUUUCAGUCAACAUUUGAAAUAGUUAUAGAUGACGAUUGUAAAACAAUUCAACAAUCGAAGAUUAGAUCGUCUGAGAAAACAAUGACUAUUCAAACAGACAAUCAUUCUAUGAUACAAAUUGAAUUAUCAACUGAUAUAGGUGUAAAAUAUAAAAUCCCUAAGAAAAUUCUAAUCGAUUUGCAUACAUUAGUGAUAGAAUUACGUUAUGAUUUAAAAAAUCUGAUUGAUCGAAUGUCUAAACGUACUGAACGAUUAAAUAUAGGCUUUCAAUGUUUUACACAUCUUGGUGAAUUUGCAGAAUUACGCAGUUGGUUACAAGAGUGUGAAGAUAUGUUACUUUUAGAAUCAAGAGCUAGUCGUGAUAUAAUUACAGCUAAAACGGAACUUAAAAAACAUGCUCAUAUUGAAUUUCGUGUAAAUACGCUGUUAGCAAAUUGUGUUUGUGAUUUCAAUCAGAAAUCAUUGAAACUAAUCAAUGAGUUUUUGGAACGUAAAGAAAAAUACAAAAAUCAACUAGAUUUAAUUAAAACAAAUGAAAAUCUACAAAAAGUUGUUGAGCGAUUGUCUGAAAUGCAAGCUGAGAAGUGGACUGCUCAAAGUCAAUUGUCACAGUCUAUUCUACAUGAUGAAAAUAUGAAUAAAGUAAAACAAAGUUCAUUUGAAAAUUUAAUAAAUCGUCGUAAACUUCGUAGUCAAAUUAAACAACUACGUAAACGUAUCCAAGUUAUACAGUCUAUUCAACGAAUUAUGGACCGUCAAUAUGCAAGUCUGUUAGAUGUUUGCGUACAGAAACGUCAACGUUUAGAAGAAAUUCUAUCUUUAAGCAUUGUUUAUGAAGAAGUUUCAGAAUUGAAAAAUUGGUUAAAUCAACAAAUCACUAUAGCUUCUUCAACAUAUACCGGUCGAAGUUUGAAUGAAUGUGUAUGUAUUAUCAAUCGAUUCAUACAUUUUGGUGAAAAUCUUCUAGGUGAAUCUUUUACAUCAUUUGUAGAAGUUGAACUACAUUCAUUUGAUCCUAUUUCAACAGUAUAUACCAUAAACAUAACUGAUCAAUUUGUACAUACAUCUGGUUUAGCUUCUGAACGUACAGCAAGAGUUAUGAAUAUGUGUCGUUGUUUAAUACGUACAAAACAUUCAGAUUCUCCACGUAUUGCAUUUUGGCAAGAUAUUAUUUCAGAAACAUGGGCUGAUCUACGUGAAUUAAUUUGUUCACGAGUAAAAUUAUUAAUUUCAGCUGCUCAUCGAUUUAUUUUUAUAAUUCGUUGCUCUGAAACUUUGAAACUUGUUCAAGAAAAAUCCGAUCAGUUGUCUCAAUCCAUUGGUAAAGACGUACAAGCCAUUUGUAAACAACUUUCAUUGUUAUCUGCAUUUGAACAAGAUGUCCAAGCUCUUGAACCACUAAUUAAUUGGGUAGAAAAAGCAGCGGAUUACCUUCUUCCUCUUUAUUCUGGUAAUUGGAUUAAACGUUUAAAAAAACCACGUGAUAUUCUUCUCUCUGUCUGGUAUCAACUUAAAGAUAAAACUCAUCUUCGUCGUAUCAGAUUAAAACGUUCUAUUGCAUUAUAUCGUUGGAUAUCCAAUUUAGAUGCUUUUUUCAACUGGACCCAACAAUGUCAAAAAGAAUUAGAACGUAUUGAAAUGGAUAUAUGGAAUAUGAAUCCACCACAAUCUACUGUAAUCAAGAAAUCGAAUCACAUUACAACUGAGAAUAUAAAAUUUGCCAUUGGUCAAGCACUUCAGUUGCGAGCCGAACUAAAUGCUAGAAAUGACAAAGUCAACUCAUACUUAGAAGAAGGUAAAAGACUGAAAGCUUCAUUCAAACAACAUUUGAUGCAAUAUGAUAAGUCAAGAUAUGAAAAGUGCCACCAGCCAUACGAAAUGUCCCAGUUAUAUUCGAAAACGGAAAUGGGAAAACAACAUGGAACUAAUAAUCCAGCUGAUGAAAUACAAAUUUGUAAGAUCAGUGAACAGCAGAAAAAGUUCCGGAAUAAUACCUUACAAAAUGUGAAUAUUACUGACAAGCAUUGUAUUAUAGAAAAAUCUGAACAACACAGUCGAAUCGCAACAGUUAGAUCAAUUUCCUCUGAUCCUCACCUUGAAUCUGUGAGGUUAAAUGCAAAUUACAGUCAGAAGUCAGAUUCAUCAUCUUUGGCAUUAAAUCAAAUGGAUUUACAAAAUGAGAGUCAUAUGAGCGAUGAAGAAGACCAAAUAAUAAAAGAUCUUCAGUUACGUAUGACACAGGUAGUAACAUCAUGGUAUAAUUUGCACAAGAAAUGGCAUCAAAUAUAUGAACGACUAGAAUUACAACUUAGUAUUAAUGAGUUUGCAAGUGUCGCAGAUUCUUUGGAACAUUGGCUGGUACUUCAUUCAGCAGAAGUGGAAUGUUUAGAUAUGGGUGAUUCUAUCAAGGAAACACAAAUAUUAAUUGAUCGAUUAAAUGUUUUGGAACGGAAUACUUUGCCACAAAUCAGCAGAUAUGAAAAAGUUAAACAACUUACAAAGUUUGAACUCGCUGAGAUCGAAGAAAAUAUGCUGAAUGUGCCAAUAAGUUGUGUGAAUAUUGUUCACAGUUCGGAUCUAGAAAAUAUACAAACACUUUUAAAUUACUAUGAAUUGAAUGAAACAGAUGCAUCAAAUGAUCUCGAUGAUUCUAAGCAGAAUGUCGACACGAUGACAGAUGAGAAUGUAAAGGAUACUACUGAUUCACCUGAAGUUAGUUGGGAGGUGGCAGAAGAUUCUAUAAGUGACUAUUUAAUGAGAAAACACGAGUGGAUUAAUCAUAAUUGUAAAUCUCGUGAUCGUUCCUGGUAUGAACUCUAUAUGGUCUUAAAUACAUCAGUUAAACAGCUGUUAGCCUAUAAAAACAAAUCUGAUUACAAUGAAGAUAAUCCUCAAUCCAAUACAUUUCGUGGAGAGACUGGAUUAUUGGUGGGACAGAAUCUAUUAACUGCUUGUGAAACAAAGGAUUAUACGAAACGAUCCAAUACAUUUCGCAUUACAUCUACGGCUACCGGAGCUCGGUAUCUAUUCCAAGCUCAAACCAGUGAAAUUAUGAGAAAGUGGCUUGGUUUAAUCCAAAAUAUCAACCGACAAACGAGAUCAACAUCAGGUCCAACCCUUAUCACUUUAUCGAGACCAUCUGAAGAAUUCCAGAAUCCUUUAGUCAUUGUAGAUAUUCAUGAAACAUUGACUACAUCGAAAAAAUUAACUUUAACACAAAUGUUGAGAUCAAAGACAACUAAUCAAAUAUCAUGUAUGCGAAGACAUAGUUCAACUCAGGAUAAUGAUCUUACAAAUAAUAUAUUAGAGAACACAGAAUCACCACAAAUUCGAAUGAAACGAUUUCCUUCAGUUCGUACAAUGAAAGUAUUUUCACCAAGACAAGUAGUACGUUGGCUGACAUUUAAAUAUUCUUCAUUUUCACCCUCAUCCUCCUCCAGCAUGAGUCAUCAAACGCCUAAAUUGAUUAGAAGUAGUACAUCGCAUAAUAUGGAAUCUGAACAGUCUAGUCAACCAACUCCAGUACUACGCAAAAGUUUAACUUAUGGUUCCUUGCAUAAAAUUAGUCGAUUUUCCAUUACACCAAAGAGUCAUAAAGAUACAUGA